AUGGAGUUAGUUACAGUAGAUAAAACGGCCGAGAUCGUUAACGAGUACCGCAAGUACAAUGCGUCGUCGGCGCGUGAUGACGUUGAGUCAGGACGGGACUCUUCAUCUGGUGACGAAUCAAAUAGCGACGGCGAUGUUGGGGCAUACGCUAACGAGGGCGUGUCCUCCCCUCCAAAACCACGGGAGAGGCGCGUGAGGCGCUUAGAUGACAUCGGUCCCAAAGCCGGCCAGAAAGCUCCGUCAGCAGGCAGGCGUGCAGGACAACGCGGUAGAUGUUAUGACCGUAGCGGGAGGGCUGCGGAGUAUCAUGGCAGUCCAUCUGGCCGCCUAGGAAUGUCUGCGCGUGGUGACGAGCAGGAACAUGGUGAGCUUGAAGGGCGUGGUGGUGGAAAGCGCAACAACGCGAAGGCGGCGGCGGCGGCCAAGGGCAGUCCCUCGGGGAGGCUCUCGGAGGACGUGGCUGGUGGCGAUGAGCAUGAACAUGGCGAGCUUGAAGGGCGUAGUGGUGGAAAGCAAAACAACGCGAAGGCGGCGGCGGCAAAGGGCAGUCCCUCGGGGAGGCUCUCGCAGGAGGUGGCUGGUGGCGACGAGCAGGAACAUGGCGAGCUUGAAGGGCGUGGUGGUGGAAAGCGCAACAACGAGAAGGCAGCGGCGGCGGCCAAGGGCAGUCCCUCGGGGAGGCUCUUGCUGGAUGUGGCUGGUGGCGACGAGCAGGCGCUGCCCAGGCCCGUUAUAGAAGGGCUAGCAGAGCAGCGAGGUGGUGGCGGUAUCGAUCAGGAUGAGGACAAGCCUGCAGCAGUCACGGCUGGGAAAGAGCAUGGACGUGAAGCUGUGAUUCCGUACAAACGACGCAAUGCUGUGGACUCGGCCGGUCGCGACCGAAAUGCGAGACAAGCUCGACAAGGGACGAAACAGUAUGUUUCGAGCUCGUCGGGUUCGGAGGAGGGAUCCAGUGACAGUGAGUCAGGCAGCUCAUCAGGGAGUGAGGAAGUAUACGAGGACGAGGAGGAGGAGGAAGAGGAAGAGGAGGAUGAGGAGUUGGAGCCGGAGAGCGAGGAUGAGGAGGAGGCUCGGCCUUUGAAGAGGAGGGGUGUGCGGAAGACCAAGAAGGGCAAUGGAAAGCGAAAAUCGGAGACAGGACGGGUGAAGAGCUAUAAGCAGAGUGUGCGUCGUGCCAAACCACAUGGCAAGCGCCAGAGACCUCGAUUCGAAGCUAAAAUUGUGGGUGUGCGUAGCAAGGAGAAGCGGGAGUUGGAUUUUUACAAGUCCAUGGGGCUACGAUGUCCAUCAAGCCCUCAUGAUCGGAAAGCAACCGACACGUAUGCUGCGUUACGCGAGCAGAUGGAUUCGUCUGGGAAGGGAGAUCCGUUCGCUUGGGGGUCAGCGCGGUUUGGCACGGAAGCGACGGACCCGCAUGCAAAGCUUUCGGGGGGUCACGCGGUUCAGGUGAAAAUCGAGGGAGCAACGAAGCGGCACGAACCCUCGGCCGCCGCAGCAGCCAAUGACGGUGUGGGAGGAGGUGUGUGGGCGAAUUCCUUGGGUGAAUGUGGCGGCGGUGUGGAAGGCUCCAUGUGGGAUGUACGGGAUAGCAGGGGAGAAGGAGGAUACUUGAAAAUGGAUCCGGCGACUAAGGAGGGGAGGGGCGAGAGCAUGGGCACACCUGGCGCAUCCAGUCGGCCCAAUGUGGCUGGCGGCAAGACGGUGGAGCAGCUCAUGCGGGAGCUUGCCCAGCGGGAUCGCGAAAUUGCGGCACUCAAGGCAAGGCCAGGAGCCAAAGGACCUGUCAAACCCUGCACCCCUCCGUCUAGGCCUCCUCGUAUUGCGUCUCUGUCGAGCGACCCAUCUGCAGUGGGCCUCGAUCCAGGCGUGGCGCCAGAAAGCCCAUCGACGGUAGACGUACCAGUCCGUCGAACGCGUGGGAUGCCCAAGCCCAAGCUGCUGAAGGUGGAGCCCCUGUUCAUGGCGCUGCUUGUCUG